AUGUAUACAUCAUCAGAUGAAGAAGAAACUCUUGUAAUGUUAGCAAUGGAGGACGACAAUUCAAGGAAAAGAAGAAAAUGGGUUCAUGAUAUCAAUCUAGAAAGACUGAAAUGUGGGGAAUAUCACACGCUGAUGCCUCAAUUACGAAAAGACGAUAAAAGAUGCUACAUUUAUUUUAGAAUGACAAUAGAUUGUUUCGAUGAACUGUUGCACCUUGUAGAAAAUGAUAUUAGAAAAUCAGACACGAAUUACCGAGAAGCUAUUUCUCCCGAAGAACGGUUGGCCAUAACAUUAAGGUAUCUGGCUACCGGAGAUACAUUUUAUACAAUAGGCCAUAGUUUUAGAGUCGGGUUUUCGACUGUAAGUGCCAUAGUUGUAGAAGUUUGUGAAGCUUUAUGUAGAAAUUUGCAACAUAUUUACUUGCCCGAACCAACUACAGAAAUAUGGAAAAAAUCUGAAGAAGGUUUUAGAAAUACCUGGCGAUUCCCAAAUUGUAUUGGUAGCAUCGAUGGCAAGCAUGUUACUAUCAAGUGUCCAGACAAAACAGGAUCUAAUUAUUGGUGUUAUUUGAAUAAGUUUUCUACAGUAUUAAUGGCUAUUGUUGGCCCAGAUUAUAGAUUCAUUUCAGUUGAUAUUGGCGGUUUUGGUAAAAACAGCGACGGUGGAAUAUUCGAAGCUUCCAACAUGGGCAUCUGUAAUGCAAACCAAUGUCCAUUCGCCCAAUAUAAAAGAUGGGUUAAUCAUACAAAUACAACAGAGAUACUUACAGUAUUUUCUACACAUUACCAGAAGAAGAGGCACGAUGGAAAACUCAUCAACGAAGGCAAAGUUAAAAGGAAAAAGACCGAGAGAAAGAUUUCUAAGAAGUUUGGUGGAUCAAACAAAAACACUGAUCAACCGUGGAAUUCAGGAGGCCGAAUAGAGGGCCCAGAAUAG